AUGUUUAUCAUUCGUAAGCGGUACUUUGGCUUUACCCAUGGCUUAGGCGCUAUCAAUAGGCGGCUGUACAAGGAGGUCCCCAUCUGCGCCUUCCAGAAGAGACCGUUCAGCACGAAGAACUUUUACGAAAUCCUAAACGUGCCACGAAGCAGCAGUAAAAAUGAAAUAAAGCAAGCGUAUCGCAAGCUGGCCCUGAAGUAUCACCCAGACAGAAACCCCAACAACAGAAAAGAAUCGGAGAAAAUGUUCAGGCAAAUAACAGAAGCAUAUGAAACGUUAAGUGAUGAAAAUAAAAAGCAAAUGUAUGACUGUCAACUGAAUAAUGGUUUUCAUGGGGGGCACUUUGGUAACCACUACGGCAACACGAAUAGCAAUGGCCAAGCAAAUUACACCUACCAGACGAGGAGAAUGUCCGAUGAGGAAAUCGAACAGGUCUUCAAGAAAGUCUUUGGCACCAUGAACAUUAAUGAGCUUUUUAAGUCCAAUGUGUUUGGGCAGGGCAAUUUCUCCCCCAGAGGGAUGGAAAGUGAUUUCUUCACAAAUUUCGGAGUACCGGGAUCCUAUCGGAGCAGCAGUGACAAUAUAAAACAGACGAACAUAAAAACGGAGAUCAUCCCGCGCGGAAACAAAAUAAUUGAAAAGACGACGAAAAUAAUUACCUACCACAACGGGGUCGUGAAGCAGGAGAUCACGGAGCGGGAGAUAAGCGGCAACAGCAAAGGUGCAUGA